AUGGCCGCCGCGUUAGUGACAGAGAUUCUGUGCACCGUGGGCCAUAUUGCCGUUACGCCAAAUAUGUACCCGCCCGAAGGGCCGUGCCAGUACCUCUAUUACACGGACGUCGUCAUUGUGGGAAGCGAAAUACGGGCUUCACUCGUUCAAGAGAGCUGGAAGUUGUUCCAGAGGAAGGCCAGAAUAUAUCAAACAGUCAAGGCAGGCAUCGGUUUCGACUACCGAUACAUCUCCCGAGUGAAGAUAUACGCUGCCCGGCGGGAACUCCAUCAAUUGGCCCAGCAACGUCUAGAGCACUAUGGCUUGCUCAACGUAAUUACGAAGCCCGAUGAACUGAACGAAACAGUGGAAGCGAUGCAGCCAAUUAUAGAAGCACUCAAGGACGUACAGGACAACGAUCCUGAUAAGAAGACCGUGAUAGCGAUUGGUUCACUCACCUACAAACCCGUGGGUUUUGAGCUCGAGUACAAGCAGAUAAUCGAGAAUGUCGUCAACAACUUCAACGCCGACACGGUGAUCGCCAUAUCCUCGGUUAGCACGAUGGAAAGCAACGAAGAAUGCUACGCCGUGCCACCGAAUGUUCUCAGCUCACCGUCACCCGAAUUCCCUAGCCUCGAAACCCACUGGCCGUUAGUGAGCGCCAAUGCGACGUACGCAAGCGACAAGACGCUGGUGGGGCUCUCGUUCGAGAUGGGAACCCUGCUCUACAUCCUCGAGAGUGAAGCCGUCAGCCUGCACGUCGGCGCCUACGCAAAAUGCACGGACUUUGGCAUGACGAGUCGUGAGGCGAUCUGCGGGAAAAGGACGAGCACCUCCAUAAGAGAGCAAUUUCUGGAUGAGCCGUACGUCGUGUACGGCACGUUUAUAGACGACGAGACUCAGAAGCGCAUCGCCUUCGCGGAGUUCUUCACCAGCGGUCGAGACAAGUACUACAAGGCCAUCAAGAAGUACGGCUCCGUACGACGCCGACUCGCCUGGAUGCUGUUCAACGUUCACUUGGGGGACGCCAGAAAAAGAUGCGGUUCAGACGCCUUCACCAUCGUGAGGCUUAUCUGCCAACAGAUUCGCGGCAUUACAAAGGACACGGGAUCUUCAAGCGGGCUCUUUGCACUCAUUGUCACUGUAAUCAUAUUCAUUGGCAUAACCUCCUUGGUCGUCGUCCUGACCGCCGGAUUCCUGCACAACGCAGCGACACCACACGGUCCAACGCCUCCCAGAGUGACGACACCGUGGCCAGAAGCAAAAGAGAUGGUCUGCACCGUCGGUCACACGGCCGUGAUCGAUGCCAUGUACCCGCCCGAAACGAUCUGCCAGUACCUGUACUACACCGACGUGGUCGUCGUGGACGGCAAGAUCAUGGCCUCGUUGGAGCAGAACAGCUGGAAGCUUUUCCAGAAUAAGGCCCGGAAUUUCAACGAGCUCAAGCCGGGCGUCGCCUUCGACCACCGGUACAUCACACCGGAUCUGGUAGCUGACGCCAGGACAGACCUCAUCGCAUUGGCAGCGAAAAACAUACAGAGCUACGGCUUGCUGAAUGUCGUCCGCAAGCCCACUGAACUUCGCCGAAUCGUGCGGUCCAUGAAGCCGGUUGUAGAUGCUCUCAAGGACCUCCAGGGGAGUGAUCCUGAUGGGAGGACAAUCAUCGCAAUUGGAUCGUACGAUUACGGCCGUGUGGGUUUUAUGAACGAAUACAAAGACAUAAUCGAGGAAGUCGUCGAUACGUUCAAGGCGGACGCGGUCAUCGCCAUAUCUUCGGUCGGUUGGAUCGAGGACGAAGACAACUGCUACGCCACGCCACCGAAUGUCCUCAGCAGUGAGCUAACAAGGUUCCCAACCCUGGUGGGUAUCGGCGACUGCUAA